AUGGCAGCUGAUAAGGUGUUCACCGUGGCCGAUGUCGCCACUCACAAAGACCGAACUGACUUGUGGGUCAUCAUUCACGGAAAAGUCUACGACCUGACGAAAUACGUACGCGACCACCCCGGUGGUGCGGAUGUCCUCUACGAUGUCGCUGGACUCGAUGCGACCGAGGCAUAUGAUGAGGUUGGCCACUCCGAGGAUGCGGAUGAGAUCUUGGAGACUUUUAAGAUUGGCACUGUUUCGGAUGCCGUCGAGGUCAAGGCCACUAAGAAGGCUGUCAAGCUCGUCCAGCAAUCUCCUCCCAAGAAGGUGACCACUUCAUCUGGCUCUUCCGCGGGCACAGUUACCCUGGUUGUCGGCUCGCUUGCUGGUGGUAUUGCGCUCUACUUGGCUGCCCAGCGUCAUCCCAAGCUGCAAGAUCUGCUCCCCAAACUCUCUCUGCCUGCUGCGCUCUCGCUGCGCCUGGCGCCGUCUCUUAGCUUGCCGCAGGGAGGAUUCACCACCGGAUUCGCCGCUGCUUUCUCUGUGUGUGCUACUAUUGGCACUGUUCUUGCCACCAAGCUUUCCAAGAUCACUCAGAUCGAGUCUGGAUUCACCAAAUAUCCUCCUCACAUCAAGAGCCGACCUACGGUGAAGGCCGAUCCUGGCCUUGCCCGGGGUUUCCUGCAGCCUAAGGAAUACCAGGCGCUUCCCCUCAUCAAGAAGGAGCAGCUUUCGCCCAGCGUCUUCCGCUUCGUCUACCAGCUGCCCCACGAAAACGAUGUUAUUGGAAUUCCCAUCGGCCAGCACUGCGCCAUUAAAGCUAAUAUCGACGGAAAGGACGUCGCUCGCUCAUAUACCCCUACCUCCAAUAACACCGACCUGGGCAAACUGGAGCUGGUUAUCAAGUGCUACCCCGACGGUGCCCUGACUGGAAAGUACAUGGCCAACCUGAAGGUCGGCGAUAAGACUCUCUUCCGCGGCCCCAAGGGUGCCAUGAAGUACAAGCGAGGUCUCUGCAAGAAGAUUGGAAUGGUUGCUGGCGGUACUGGAAUCACCCCCAUGUAUCAGCUGAUUCGCGCUAUCUGCGAAGACGAGUUCGACACCACGGAAGUUAGCCUGAUCCUCGCCAACCGCACUGAGGAGGAUAUUCUCCUCCGCAAGGAACUCGAAGCAUUCGCCCGCAAGUACCCUAAGAACUUCAAGCUCUGGUACAUGCUCGACCAGCCCCCCCAGAAGUGGGCCUACGGCAAGGGCUUUGUCACCCAGGCUGUGAUGGCUGCCAAGCUCCCGGCGCCUUCUCCUGAUACCAAGGUCAUGCUCUGCGGACCUCCUGGUAUGAUUAAGGCUGCCCAGGGCGCCCUGGUAAACAUGGGCUUCCAGGCUCCCGGAUCUAUCUCCAAGAUGACCGACCAAAUAUUCCUCUUCUAG